GAGCUGGGGAAAAGCUAGAAGAAGUACGGUCCUCCCCGCUGCGUGUGCGUGCAGAAAAAAAGUGUUGUUUUUAUGCCGGCAAAGAGUGAACAAACAGGCUAGUGGGGACUGUCAGAUGACGAAGCGCAUAUGGAAAACAUGGAUUAUCAAGUGCGCCCCGGAGCCUGCCCCCUCCAAGCAGCAAAGAGCCAGUUGCUGGACUGCCUCUCCUUGACCUUUUGCGUGAAGGACAAUGAUUGCUCCAAGCCGAAUGAGAAGUGCUGUUGGCUGAGCUGCGGUAGAGUCUGCAUGGCUGUCGCAGAUGCUCCAGCUGUGGAGGAGCCCUUUGUGGUCAGCACUGAGGCCCAAACAGAGCCUAGAGUCACAGAGACUCCAAGUAUUAGACCUCUUCAGAGAAAAACAGAGAAGCCAAAAGAUCCACCGCCAACAGCAGUAAAACCAGGCCAGUGCAGGCAGUCAUCGUACAUCUGUCCAAUAAAAACCAUCACCCGUGAAUGCAAGAGUGACAGUAACUGCAGUGGGACCAUGAAAUGCUGCCCCAGCGGCUGUUCUCAGAAGUGUGCUCCACCGGAUACAGGUAUUAUGUCCAAGAACCCCUCUAACUACAAAGCUCAUAAACAGCCAGCGGAACUUACAGACUGAAUGAAAUGAAAUAUGUUUUCACCUGGAACGUGAACCCAAACAGGAAAUACAGUUAUUAUAAACAUUGGCAAUUUGAUGCUGAAAUGGA